AUGGUUACUGCAUUUCUGACUUCUAUAAAGGAAAAGCAAAGAGACGAUGAGCCGGAAAUCGCCUACUGUGCAACGCGUCGAGAAGAAGAUAGCCGAUCACAAAUUAGAUGGGCGUUUCAAACGCCAGACUGGGAAUCGAACAAGGAGAAAGUCACUUUGGAAGCGGUCCUCAAGAAAGGAAAGUGCGAUAAAUACAUUCAAUCGUGGCUCGAUCAUCACGACACGUUCAUUUUGCGUUCAGAUGGCCCCACUCCUCCAAUAGAUUCCGACAAACGUCCGCCGCUCUUGUUCACAAGUUGGAAUCGCUUUUUUGAGAAGAAUCAACAAAUCGAGUGGCUUGAGCAACGGGCGUCUAGCAAAUUCAAAGCUGAAUCUCCAGAAUCUGAAGACGCGACUUGCUCGGAACCGAAUGUUACCAUUGAAGAAACGAGUGCACCUGUAGACACGGGUUCAAGUGGAUCCGAUGGAAAAUCGAUCUCUGGCUACAGCGUGAAUUUGGACGCGUGUGAACCACAUUGGACCACCGGAAUUGUCUUACUUUUGGACGACUACGACACGCGUAAACCCACAGUUAGGAUCAAGUACUUCGACCGUCGUAUCGGUUCAAUCGUUGCUCGUAUUUUGCCCAAAGAUAGCGUUGUCACUGCUCCUGGAGAACGAUUUAGAUGGGGUUAUCGUCACAAUGAAUUCAUUGCAAUAAGUGCUUGCCCAGAAAAGGACCACUCUACAUCAUAUUCACACCAUGUUACUCGAAAAUCUGUUCAAGUGACUGUUUUGGGGAUCUGCAGGUACAGCAAGGGAAAUCCGGAAGACUUUGCAAGAUCAUCACAAGAGCAGUUGGACGUUUGGACUGAUGAAUUUGGUCUUCUAUCGGUUCCAUUAAGGCUCAUCAAGCGGCGCGAGUUUGAGAUGAUCCCAGGCAAGGCUUUGAAAGAAUGCAAGUUGACGCUGGAAAUUCGCUACCAAAACUGGAAGUCCCCCGACAUCAUCAUUGUAAGCAUCUCAUUCUUCAUGUUGAAAGACGAAGAUAUAUUCACCAUCAAGGAUCUAAUGCGCUUUGACGAUCUAACGUUGCCGAGAAUGGAAGUUAGAGACGGAAAAAAGUUGUAUCGUUUCAAGUCCCGCACUUUUCCAUCAAUUUGUCUCUGGGGAGCACUACCAGAAUGUCAAGAGGGCCUUGAUGCAAUAGAAUGUGCGGACAAGCAGGAAAAUCACUUUGGCGAAAGAGAGUCCGACUUUCAUGGUGUUUUCUAUCCGAGCUCUUCAAGGAAAGCCUAUUAUUACGCCCUCGUGGCUGGCACGGAGAAAUGGGUUGAUGAGCAAUCUGAUGGUCGAAUAUACGAUAUUCCCUCAAGCACUCGAUUGACCGUCUCGCGAAGGAUUGCAUUCAAA